CCACACCCACCCACCCAAGCCUCCCCCCCCCCCAGCACCCUUCUCUUCUUUUCUCUGUUGAGCAUCAUCUCGAUCCGUCUGGAAGGGGGCGACCGGGACUCGGGAAUCCCCCCAGGCACCAUGGCCAAGGGGGCUUCGUCGGAGAGCGGCGGAGGCGGAGGCGGCGGCGGCGGCGGCAUCUACAGCGUCUCGGUCGAACCGCAGGACAAAAAGACGGGACCCCCCGCAGCCGCCAUGUGCCAAGGAGCCUCAGUCGGGAGCAAAGGGGAGGCCGUGGACUCCUGCAAGCCGAGCCCGGCGCCUCCCCGCGAGAGAGAGACCUGGACCCGGCAGAUGGAUUUCAUCAUGUCCUGCGUGGGCUUUGCCGUGGGGCUAGGCAACGUGUGGCGCUUUCCCUACCUGUGUUACAAGAACGGGGGAGGUGUGUUCCUCAUCCCGUACAUUCUUAUUGCCCUCCUUGGUGGGAUUCCCAUCUUCUUCUUGGAAAUUGCU